CACUCCAUCUUCGUGCUGCACGCGUGCCACAACCCCACAGGAACAGACCCCACCCCGGACGAGUGGAAGCAGAUCUCUGACAUCAUGAAGAGGAGGAGUCUGUUUGUGUUCUUUGACUCGGCCUAUCAGGGCUUUGCCUCUGGCAGCCUGGACCAGGACGCCUGGGCCAUCCGCUACUUUGUGUCUCAGGGCUUCGAGCUGCUCUGCGCCCAGUCCUUCUCCAAGAACUUUGGCCUCUACAACGAGAGAGUGGGCAACCUGACUGUGGUUGCCAAGGACAACGACAACUUGGGGCGCGUCCUGUCCCAGAUGGAGAAGAUCGUGCGCACCACCUGGUCUAACCCCCUCCAGGGCGCCCGCAUCGUGGCCAUCACGCUCAACAACCCCCAGCUGUUCUCCGAGUGGAAGGACAAUGUGAAGACCAUGGCAGACCGGGUGUUGCUGAUGAGGGCUGAGCUGCAGGCGAAGCUGCAGGCCCUGGGCACUCCUGGCACCUGGGACCACAUCACCCAGCAGAUAGGCAUGUUCAGCUUCACCGGCCUCAACCCUAAGCAGGUGGAGUUCAUGAUCAAGGAGAGGCACGUGUACCUGAUGGCUAGCGGGCGCAUCAACAUGUGUGGUCUGACCACCAAGAACAUCGACUAUGUGGCCCAGUCCAUCCACGAGACCGUCACCAAGGUCCAGUAAGAACACAUCCAGCUUCCUGUUUCCUGUCUCCACCUCAGGAAGUGACCUCGCGUGUGUCCGCCUCUUCUCCUCGUCGUCCUCCUCAGUGUGUGUGUAUGUGUGCUCUCCCUCUCUCUCUCUCUCCCUCUCUCUCCCUCUCUCUCUCCCUCUCUCUCUCCCUCUCUCUCUCCCUCUCUCUUUCCCUCUCUCUCCAGAUUACUGAGUCAUCUAUGAGCAAUGUAACGGCUCCUAGUCCAAUAAUUUCCCUUCCCUGAUCCCCCGCCCCCCUCCCAUAGCACCCACCUUUCGUGUCUGCAGUGUCAUAUAUAUUAAAGAUAGAACUUUACUGACGGACAGAACACCGCUGAAGAACACGAACGCACACCAUUCUUGAACAGUCUCUCGUUCAGAGAGCAGGGCAUUGUGGGUAAUAUGGGGGGGGGGGGGUGUAUUCAGGAGGUCACUGCCUAUGGCUUGUGUCAUGGUUCAAAGGUCAGUAAGGGUCAUGCAUGUGCCUAAAGGUCAAAGUUGAACAGAAAGUACAUUUCUGUGUCCUGUGUUUAGCCUCUUGGUCGAGCAGCUGCCACACUGAGUGGUCUGGGGACAUCUGAGCCCUUAGAAAAUGUAACGCCGUUUCAUCGAGACUAAAUUGUUUGCCAACGAUGAACAAAGUCACCUGGUCCUUUAUUUGAAGUAAAUAGAUAAGGUGUUUAUGUAACAGACUGAAGUCAAUAGAUAAGGUGUUUAUGUAUCAGACUGAAGUCAAUAGAUAAGGUGUUUAUGUAUCAGACUGAAGUGCUAUGAAGAAGACUGUAAUUGACAACCCUGUCAACCUGUGAAAUUUCUGCAAUCUAAUUGUCAUCGUUUGUUUGUUUGUUUUUGUGUCCAAUGGUUGCACCCACACAAUCACUCACUGAUUCGUCAUGGUAACAGACCAUGGUAACUGUAUGUGUGAGUUCAUACAGGAACAAUAAAAGUCUGUCACGUGA